UCCCUAGUGCUACUUACAUGCUGGUACAUGCAGCAAAAAAUAGGCAGGCAUAGAGCAGCCUCACAGCCCGGAAAGGCAGUUCCCCAAAAGCAUAUAAGAGGCCCUUGAGACUGGAAAGAAUGCUGAUGCAUCACACUGAGGCUGAGGUGCCCUUGGAGGCAGGACAUCCCCGUUUCCUGGCAGAAGGAUCCCUCUGCUCAGCAUGCUGCUGGUUGUUGUGCCCAUCUUGAGGCAUCCCAACCUGCUUUCACACUGGGUUGGGACCAUGCUCAGCUUGGUAUAAUGCAGAUCAGUCAGAGUGGGAUGCUUAGAAGCGCUGCAUUGCCUUGCUUUCCCUGUAGAACAUGGCUCAGAACAUGGGGAAAAUAUUUCCUUCUGUUGCCCAGAUAAUUGCAAGCCUGGGAUCUGAUGAACACCAAACAGCUCAAGUUAGCUUCAGCAUUCAAUUUCUCAGUAGCCUUUUUUACACCCAGGGGAAUGAAAUGUUGAGCCUGUCUUUUGGAGCUGCUGUGCUCUGGCUGAGCCACGCACGUGUUUCCAUUCCCAUCAUCUUUCUGCACAUGACUAAUUCUUUCUGCCAGGGCUGAGUGACCAGGCCACUGCCUGGAAACCAAACAAGCUACUGGCUGCACUUCCUGCUGUUCCCCAGCCUGUCCAGCCUGCCUCUGUCUCCCCGAGCUGAUAACAUCACAUGAAAAGGCACUGACGUAUUUCUUUGCUAUGCUGCUUCAGGAAUCCAUCCCUGAGUGCAGAAGUGAGUCUCAGAGCCCGAGCUAUUUGUAGCACUUUUACAGGCUCCUUCCCUGACAUCCAUCCCACUGCAUGGCUCGCAAUACAGGCUGUGUGUCAUGUAGCCUCUUGCAGAGCAGCUGAGAAUUGGUGGCACUUGGGGACUCCUGCUUGGAAGUCGCUGUAGCAAUGCGACAGCUUUGUGUGACAGUGUCCUUUAUGGCACCUUGGCUUUUUUAAGCUGCGGGAGUGAGUUAUUGGCAGUGUAUCUGGUCGUACGCACUUUCUAGGGUGGGGAAAGGCAAGUUUUCUUGAUCUUGAGAUACUCCGUAGUCUCUCCACUCCACUGCUGUGAAAACAUUAACUUUCCCAGUUAGCACAGUCAUUCUUUAACCCAGCAGUAGCUGCUGUAGGCUCACAGGCAGGUAACAGCUGAUCAUAAACUCGAGGAGUGGCUUCAGUCCUUGCAUUAUCUUUUUUUUUUUGCCAGCUCUACGUUUGGCCAAGCAUGGCACGGAGCUACUCUCCCCGCAGAGCGUGUUCCCAGCCUCGCUGACACCCCGCUGCCUCCUCCUUCUCUCCCUUCCUCGCUGUCCCUCGGCCAGGCUGGUUGCUGCGGACAGCAGCUCACCCUUUCUUCUGGGCUCCGAACCUGACUUUGCGGCAUCCCCCCCGGCAGCCCCAGGAACAGUUCUGGCUGCGUCAGCCAAAAUUCCUCCCGGGGACUGUGCUGCAAUGCAGACACCACACCCCGCUGCUACAUACGGCACAGCCGAGGGCUUCCCUCCUCCUCCUCCUCCUCCCAGUCAGCCGCGAUGAUUUCGGCUUGCCCGGCGUUCCAGCGGGCGUGAGCGCGGCACCGCCCGUGGCCGCCGCCGGCAGCAGCGCCCGCCGCCCGCAGGGACCGCCGCCCGCCGGCCUUCGCCUCUCUCCGCACCGCCAGACCUGCGCCGUACCCAGCCCGGAUGGCCGGCCCGGAGGAGCGGACCGUGAAGAUGUCAGCGCUGUGUCUGCUCUGCUUGUCGCUUUUCCCGAGCUUUUCCCUGGGCAGAGUCGUCGGCAAGGACGAAGCCGGCUUUGCCGAGUGUAACGUGUUCUUCCCCGGCCGAGUCCCACCGGAAGGAUUCACCGAGCCUUUCCACGUGAAGAUCUGUCAGCAGUACAACGGGGAGCCGCGCUUUGCAACCCUCUACAGCACCAAGGACAAAAUCCCUCUUUAUUCCGCAUUCAAGUACACGGGUGCAGCCCGAAGCGAGGCGGACGAGAGCUGGCUGCUGGAGCCGCAGAUAGAUGAUCCAGAGAAUGACCAGCGUGAGAUGGUGAUUGAAGCUGAUGUUGUUGGCUCUUUGGCCAACCUUGGUGCAAAUCAAGCUCUGACCUCAGACUAUGUGGGCUCUGGUUAUGAACGAGGGCUGCUGAACCCUAGCUUGCUCAACAAGGAAGACUUCCAAAUGGCCACCUACACAUUGACAAAUGCUGUGCCUCUGCACCCCUCUCUGAGCAAAACCUGGCACAGUGACAUCGGGAGGGUGGUGGAGCAAGCUCUGAUCCCUCAUUGUUCCAAGAAGGACCAGCUGUAUCUCCUUGCAGGAGCGAUUCCUUCCAGUGUCCGAGUUAAAGGCAAGGUAUCUGUGCCAGAGACCCUCUGGCUGGCAGCGUGCUGUGAUGCUCCAGAGGGAUGGUCUCUAGGACUGGUGAAAAAAGUCAAUGAUGAAAGCAGUUUAGUAGACCUCACAGUGGGAGAGCUGGAGAAGCAGCUCCUAGCAGGGCUUGACUUGUUCAAGGGCAACUGUGGAGAAGACAAUGAAAGCAGUGAGAAAAUGGAAGCAAUACUGCAAGCUGUCAGUCAGAUCCGAUCUGGAGAGCAAGUAGGAACAAAUGACAAGGAGGCCAAAGACAGUGGCUUGGUGAGGAAAAUAGUUGGCAUAAUUGCUACCCCAUUCAUCAAACUUCUAGAACUCCUCAUCUACCUGCUUGUGGAGCUGGUGAAAUUUAUGUUUUAUUUUCUGUGGCUUGUUAUCAAGCGAGUUGUCAGUACUCUUCUGGAUGGAGUCUACAGCAUGUGGAACGGGACGGUGUCCUACCUUAAAGCCAUCAGCAUGGUGCUCAUCAGCAUCCCCUGUGAUGUGGGGAGGGUCAUCACCAAUAUCUUCUUGGGCUUUCUGGGAAUUAUUCAAGAUGUGGCAGUCAUCACCUAUAGGAUUCUACGCAUCCCUAUGGGGUUUGUCCUUCACCUCGCUUCUUUCCCCUACUACUCCAUCUGUGCCAUUCCCUCUGUUGUCAAAGACAUGGCUGCUGGGAUCGGUGGCACCUUCUCGCUGGCCAUUGAUGCCACAGCCUCCAUCCUGCAUGGCUUUUACUAUGUGGCUAGUCACAUAGCCAAGCGGUUUGUCCCUAAGGGCUCCUCUGCUGACUGAUAGCAAUGGAAAUCAAGGCUGCAAAGACAAAAAGUGAACGAGGAGUGGGGAAAUGCUUUAAGAUAUGUGGCCAAAUGCUGUUGAUUUUGUUCUGGUAUUUAUUGUAAGUGACAUUAAUAAUAUGGGGAGUAACAGGGAGGGCCAAGGUAACUUCGCGAGGGGACAUCACCAUUGCAACUCAAGCUCUAUCCGUUUCAAAGUGUUCGGAUUUUAUCAGUGCAGGUCACAGACUUCCUGUGAUUUGCAGACAUCAAGCUGCUUCCUCUGGGAGAUGCUCUCUGAAUGUGGUACAAGGUUGUUUCUUUCCCACUGAGACAACACUGAGACCUGUGCACUGGCAGUGAUCUCUGCAGAAGCACAUCCCUCGUGGUGCAGAGGUGGUGGUCUGGGGAAGGACUUCAGUUUCUGAAAGAGAAAAGGUGGGCAGAGUGCAAGGGUUAGGGGCAAGAUGGGGAGCAGGAAGGGAAUGGGUUCAAGUCGUGCUGCUGGUUGCGCUGCUGACUGCGCUGGAGUCCUGCCAGCGGAGCCUGGGAAGGAAUUUGGCUGGGUGUGUUUCACAGCUCUCUGGACCAGCUGCCAACUCCUUCCCUUCACCAUACCAAGCGCACUUUCCCCAAACUAUUCCCUGGUGACCAGUCAAGAUCUCAACCCCAAAUUCCUUGCUCUGGCUUGUGGGCUCCAAAGCCCAGUACAGCCAUGUGGACGGUGCUUUUGGCCUUGAAUCAGCCUGUGUGUCAGUGACCAGCCUGCCCUGCCUCUGCUCAGAGCUGGUGGUUCAUCUAACACACAGGUGAUCCUUUGUGCCAGAGAUCUCUGCUGGAUUGUGCCCAGGCUGGGGAUUGGUACUGUCCCGGUUAUCCUUCUUAGGCCUAUUGCGAAAAUGCAGCUCGAGUGGCAGGGGGGUUGAAAUUGGAUGAUCUUUGAGAUCCUUUUCAACCCAGGCCAUUCUGUAAUUCUAUCAUUCUAAAAUGAUCCUCGUGUGUUUUCCUGUAGGACUGGUCUGGGUUGGUGGCAGCACUGAUGUACUUACAAGGGGGACAGGGGGAACACAUGACAGGGGAAGAGCGAGGGAGCACUGUGGAUAAUUUUGCUUCUUUCACAGAUUUUAUGUCUUAAUAGACCUUGCCUGGAGAACAGGUGGAGGUGAGGGAGGCCUGGGGCACAGUAUGCAUUCUGCUAAAAUCUCUGUCCAGUGACUCAUUUAUGAGCAGUGUUCAUGCCAGAAGGGCACCUGUCCCCUUUUCUGCACUCCCUGUCCUCACUGCUCCUGUUUCUUCAGCCCUUAUUCCCAUGGAUGUGACUUUGUGGGAGCAAGAGAAGAGGGAAAGUCUAAUCGUGCAAAAUCAGCAACAUUUUGACCAAUCUCUCCUUUGUGCUGAAGCUGUCAGUGCAGCGGUGGGCACCAGUAUGAGUGCCCCAGGGUACCUUCAGGGGGCACACGUGGUGGCACCGAUGUCCAAAUGCAGCUCCAGCUGCCCCCCACAUGCCUCUCUUGUGCCUUAAGCAUGGCCUUAUCUCUAACUUGCUCUCAUAUCCCAGUGCACUGUGGAGUUGGUGUCACCACAUCUUCAUCACUACUGUCACCCAGAGAGGCUGAGGCCAGCCCACGGGCAUCUCCAUGCUGCAGCCCUGGGUGCAGAGCAGCCAGUUCUUUCCAUCCAGGAGGCUGCAGCAGUGUCGGAUUUGGGCAGAUGUGGAGCCAUACUAUUAAAGCUGUCUGAACACGCUGGGAUUCCAACAUGAAGGACCCUGACCAGCACAGGUCAUUUUUCUUCUCUGCUGCAUGUUUGAGCAGGCAGUGGGAAAUCUGCCUGAAACACCCAGUAAUUGUUACAGAACAAGCAACAUCCUGCUGCAGAGUAUUGUUUCAGAUUAUUCUUAUCUGGGCAUGAUUUAUGGCUUGAGAGCUUUACUGUGUCCUUGGAGAUGUAUGGCUUUAACAAAAUAAAAGUUACUUUUGCAAAGAGGGAUGGCUAUCACAUUUCUGUCUCAACUGCAAAUAAGAUAACACAGCCCAGAGAGCUCUGGUUAAUAGAGAAAGUAACAGCAGCAUAGUUGUUCUUUUUUUAUGGCUUGACAUCUGAUAUUAAUGGUUCUUUUGUGCUUUUAAAACACCUUUUCAUUAUCAAAGUACAUUAAAAAGAAUUAAUUCAUUAAGCUAUAGAAUAUGUAAGUUAGAGCUGGGGGUUGCAGGCAACCUGUUUAGCUCUGUGUGUGCCUAAAGAGUUCCCUGCCAAGACAGGCUGGUCUGUGGUGGGAAGGGACUGAAGCAGGAGGGGAAGUUUCCAUGUGAGGAAAUAGGGGGUCAGGACCUCCUGCUCUGCUGGGAAUGGGAUCCCACUGCCCAGGGUGGAGGGUCUUAGGACAG